AUGACGAUGGGGCUAAUUAUGGUCAAAUUUAAUGAUGAAGCAACAAGAGAUCAUGUAUUAGAGAAUGGUGUGCUUCAAUUCGACAGGAAACCUGUUAUCAUUAGGCCAUGGACAGUGGAUCUCAGUGCAAUCCGGCUCAUUCGUUCAGUUCCAUUAUGGAUUCAUCUACAUGACCUUGGACUCCAGUAUUGGGGCAGCAAGUGUAUUAGUGCACUGUUUGCUAGGGUUCUUGUGGAGAUGGAGAUAACAGAUAAUCCUCCUAGAAGUAUUCAGUUUAUCAAUGAGUAUGGUCAGAUUAUGGAACAGGGAAUAGAAUAUGAAUGGUUGCCUACUAAAUGUAAGAGUUGUUCUGGUUUUGGGCAUUCUAUGGUGGACUGUCGUAAGGAGCAUAAAACUCAUUGGGUGAAAAAAGAAGAUGUAGCUAAACCUGAAGUAACAGAUGAGAAGACCAAAAUUUCUGAGGGGCCUAGUAAUGAAAAACCUGAAGGUUUAUCUGGAGCUGCUGAUGUAGAGGAUAACUCGGUUCAGCAGUCUAAGGAGGUUCAUGUUUUGAGGUUAGAUAAGUUUGUUCAGUUGAUGGAACCAAGCAAGGGUGAGCAAUGGAUAACCCCAAAACGUGUGGCUACACAAGCAAGGCAAGGUCUAAUAAUAGGUGGUAGUACUCUACCGGUUGUUCAGGUUCAAAAACAGAUUAAUCAGUUUGUUGUUCUUCAGGAGCAGAAGAAGGGGGCAAAGAAGGUAAUGUUGGAGUUAGUUUUUCCAAUGGAUAAUUGUAAUCUUUUGAGCUGGAACUUAAGAGGACUGAAUAAAACUAAUAAACAUAUUGUAGUCUUAGAUAGUUUUAGUAGGAAUAAGAUUGGUGUUGGUGGAUUGUUAGAAACCAAAAUGAGAGGAAAUAAAAUUGUUGAGUUUAUGGAGAAUAAACUUCCUAAUUGGGAGUUUUACUCCAGUCCGACUAUUGAGAGUAGGCUCUUAAUAAUAUGGAGGAAAGUCUUUGUGAGAUUAACUAUUUUGGAGGAAUCACCACAGUUUGUUCACUGUAUGGUCAAUUUGGCUGGCCAGAGGGGUACUUUUUAUGUAAUAUUUGUUUACAGGUACAAUUUAUUGGAGAGUAGGAGAAGUUUAUGGCAAGGGCUUAACAAAAUUUCUCUUUCGGUGAGAGCUUGGAUUGUGCUGGGGGACUUCAAUGCCCCUUUCUCUGGUUUAGAUAGAUCAGGUGGCAAACCAGUUUCUGGUCUAGAGUUGGCUGAUCCUUUGAGUUGGCUAGCUGAUACCAAAGUAGAGGCCCUUAAAAGCAUAAGUUCUUAUUUUACUUGGACAAACAACCAAGAAGGUUCAGCUAGGAUUUACUCUAAGAUUGAUCAUGUAUUCAUGAAUGAGGAAUGGCUUGAUCUCUUUCCUCAUUCUUUGGCUGUUUUCAGUUGGGAGGUAGUCUCGGAUCACUGCUCCUGUGUUGUCACUAAUAUACAAAUGGAGAAAUUGGGAGUAAAGUUUUUAAGAUUUUAUAAUUUUCGGACUGGCCACUCAUAUUUUAAGGAAGUUGUUAUGAACAGCUGGAGGGCCCCUUUAAAGGCUACUGGUCUGAGAGCUAUUUACUUAAAGCUUAUGAGGUUGAAGCACAGACUUAAGAAAUUCAACAGAGAUACUAUUGGAGAUAUAGGUCUGAACUACCAUUUGGCUAAGGAGGCAUAUCAGGAAGCUCAACUUAAAGCUCAAUAUUAUCCCCAUGAUCACAGAUUGCAAGAGGUUGUUAAGGAGAAAGCUGCUGAGUUCACUUUACAAGAGCACAUAGCAGAUAACAGAAUUUCCACUUAUAUUACUGAACAAGGAACUCUGAUUGAUGCUUUUAGGGAGGUAGUAACUCACUUUGUUGACCAUUUUAAGAGCUAUUUAGGCAGCCCAAGUUCAGCCACUGGUAGAAUAGACCUGCAUUGUAUGGAAAUGGAGUCCAAGCUCUCCGUAGAACAACGACUCCUUCUCUUAAAACCCUUUUCCAGCAAGGAAAUCAAAGAUGCAUUUUUUGGUAUCCCUAGCACUAAGUCCCCAGGACCUGAUGGUUUCGGGUCUGGCUUUUUCAAAGAGCUUUGGCAGGAGAUUGGGAAAGAUGUUUGUUCAGCAAUAGUUCAAGGUUUUGCAAUAGGUCAGUUUCCAUCCAAGCUUCAUGAGACCACUCUUUCCUUGUCUAACCAAGGAGCGUUUGUUAGGGGUAGGUCGAUUGCUCAUAACAUAAUGAUAUUUCAGGACCUCAUCAAGAAUUAUGAUAGGGCAGUUACUUCUCCUAGAUGUGCUAUUAAAAUAGAUCUUAGCAAAGCUUACGACAUAGUUGACUGGCAGUUUCUUGAAGGUCUUUUGAGGGCUUUUUGCUUCCCUAUGAAAUUUGUUUGUUGGAUAAUGACAUGUGUGAGGAACACCUCUUACUCUUUACUUCUAAAUGGUAGAGUACAAGGUAGCUUUAAGGGUAAAAAAGGGCUGCGUCAAGGUGAUCCUAUGUCUCCCCUUCUUUUUGUGCUCAUCAUGGAAUAUUUGACCAGAAGUCUUCAACUGGCUGCUCGAGCUUCCACAUUUAGAUAUCACCCUAUGUGUAAUAGCCUUAAGCUUCUUAAUUUGUGUUUUGCUGAUGACUUAAUUCUGUUUUGUAAGGGAUCCCUCUCGGCAGUGAGAAUUUUUAAGGAGGCUCUAGGGAAGUUCAGUGAGGCUACUGGUUUAUCUAUUAAUACUAAUAAGUCUCACAUUUACUUUGGUGGAGUUAAUAUAGCUGAGAGAAUGGAUAUUGUACAGGAAAUUCAGUUGCCUGAGGGGUCCUUUCCUCUUAGAAAUUAUUGGAUGAGUGUGUUUAUUUUGCCUCAGAGUAUUGUCAAGGAGGUUGAGAAAUUCUGCAGAAUGUUUCUGUGGGGAGCUUCAGGAAAUCGCAGCAAACUUCAUCUGGCUUCUUGGCAUCAGGUGUGCCUCCCUAAAGCUUAUGGAGGGCUCGGGUUCAGGGAUGGGGCUAAUUGGAAUAGAGCUGUUUUAGCUAAGUACACAUGGGCUGUUUCGGAAAAACAGGACCUCCUCUGGGUCAAAUGGAUCAAGGAAAUUUAUUUGAAGGGAAAUAAUUUUUGGAAUUAUGCUCUGAAACCAGACAGUAGCUGGUAUUGGAGGAAAUUAUGUCACUUAAGGAGUAAAUUCAGCAAGAGAGAGGUCCUUGCUGCUGGGUAUUCAGGGAAGUUUAAGCCAUCAAAAUUAUAUAAUAGUACUCUCAAUCAGCAGCUCGUGGAGUACAAGCAGGCGGUCUGGUGUAAGACGAUUCUCCCUAAGCACAGGUUUCUUCUUUGGCAGGUGGUCAAUGCUCACCUCCUCAUUAGAGACAACUUAUCUAGAUUCAAUUUACAGUUGAACAGCUUCUCUUGUCCAGUGUGUGAAGAUCAUCUUGAAAGUCACACUCAUCUCUUUUUUGAGUGCUGUCUUUCUAAGAUGACAAUUAACUUCAUUUUUGCAUGGCUUGGGUUUCAAGCGUGGUCUAGUAACUAUAAUGAAUGGAUGGUUUGGCUCAACAGUGGGCGGAGUGGUAUCAUGGAGUCUAUUCUGAACAUGGUGUUAGCAGCAGUGAUCUAUAGUCUCUAG